CAUCAGUCGCUCAGACCUCACUGCAAUAUCAAUAUCUUUACGUUCUCCUAAGAAAGCAAUCAAGAAAAAAUCACCAUGAACUUCUACAAGAUCUUCGUUUUCGUCGCCCUCAUUAUGGCCAUCGCCAUUGGACAAUCGGAGGCUGGCUGGCUGAAGAAAAUUGGCAAGAAAAUCGAACGCGUUGGCCAGCACACUCGGGAUGCCACAAUCCAGGGACUGGGAAUCGCUCAACAGGCCGCCAAUGUUGCAGCCACCGCCCGAGGUUGACCACGAAGAUGAAUUAUAAUUAUUUAUUAAAAAACUAUUUAUUACACUGCUCUAUGUAAAUAAAACCAUUUCAAAAACGGA